GUUUUUUUUUCAUUUAUUCCAGUAUUCUUUUUAUUUUUCAAAUUUCAAUUGUGAACUAUCAAUGUAAGCGUGUUUUUUUUCAGAUUCUUUUUCACUUCAUUUUAUUUAUGAUAAAUUGUUUCCCUUUCGUUUCAAUUGAAAAAGAUCUGAAAUUUUCGUAUGACAUCUUUAGUAGACAGAUUACCGAUUGUUCAGCAGCUAUCAACAGUUAUUCUACCACGAGAAUCAUUGCCUAAAAAUGAUGAAAUUAUCGAUGAUAAUGACAAUUCAGUGAAUCAAUUGUCUGAUCGAUAUGAAGAAUCUCGUUUGAUUCAUGGCAAUGUAUGUACUGGCGCUCUUGUAGUGCUCUGGCUGGGUGACAAGCACUCAUCAUUGAGAGCUGCUCUUAUUGAAUAUUUGAUACCUGAAGAUAUAACUUUAAUUCUCUUCUCGACAAAAGAACAAUUGUGGCAUUGGUUAAAUACCUAUUCUUCAUCAUGCGUACAAAAAAAAAUUGAUGGUAUUUUUGCUGAUGAUACACGUCUUCUAAUCAAAUUAAUUAUUGAUCUUGCACUUUUUUCGGAAGAACUAGGUGAUCGACAAAGAGAAGAUGAAAAUAAUGAAUUAGAAGCUCAACGAAACUAUGGUCGCGCUCUUAAGCUUUGUGCAUUGGUGAAGAAACUUUAG